GCGGCAUGGUGCGCGACAUGCCGGGGUCGAGGGAUCCAACCCCACCGGUCGCGUCCUCGCUGUGGAUGGACGUUCCGUACAGGCUGUUCUUCGCGCACAGCUCGCCCACGUGGGCCGGCGGAGGCGUCGCGUUCGUCGACGUCACGAGCCUCUCACCGACGCUCCCCACCGCGUUCAGGCUGUACCGAAUCACCCUGGAGCAGUUCAACGACGUGCUGGCGCAGGAGAACGGGAUGGAACCGGGCGCGGCGGGGUGUCGCGAGCUGACUGGGGACGACGCGGCUCGGCUGGUGCGCCAUUGGCGGACAGAGGCUUCUUCGCUCGCGGCGACGGGACCCGACGAGGUGAUGCACGCGGGGACCACGGGCACGACGGGCCCACCGGCGGAGAGCAGGGCGCCGAGUGAGCUGUGGUACGGCUACGUCAAGUGCGUCGGGGUGAAGGCGAAUGAGCCGGUGUUGACGUUCACGUGCGACGCCGACGAGCUGAGCGGGUUCCGCUCGGGGGAUAUUCCCACGAACCCCCCGUGCGAGGCGUACGUGGACGUCAUCGCGGCGGGUUUGGUUCAGUGCGGGCUCGGCGAAACGGAGGCGCGCGGGUACCUCGAGGCACGGGUCGAGGCGUCCAUGACAUCCGACGCGGGCGCGGCGGCGGUGUAGGGCGUUCGUUUUUAACCGGCUUGAAAAAUGAUGCGAAGAUACAAAGGU